AUGGCGAUCAGUGUGGAAUUCUUCGAGGUGAUCAACGAACUAGUGUUCGACCUCCUCGCCACGGAGGAGAAGAUCGAGUCGGGGCAUCGCACGCGCUUCCAGACGGGUGGGGAGACCCACGUGGAGGGAGUUCCCCGGCGUGGCUGCCGCACGGCGGACGAGAUGCGCGCGUUCCUGGCUCAUGGCCUGAGACAGCGAGAGCUGCUCGCGACUGGACGGCCAGCUGGUGGCCAGUCCCGAAGUACUUUGCUGUUCACAUUCUGCGUGGAUGUUUUCGAGGGCGUGGACAGGGAGCUGAAGCGUGCAGUGCUUCAGUUCAUUCGCCUACCGAGCACCUCCAGGCCGCCGUCGAGGCCGCUCCGCGAAUCUGAGUCAAGCAGCGCGGUUGUGAUGAGCCUCAGCAGUGUCUCCACGGUCUUCUCGUACUUGAUUCCGCAGAACAGAGGACGAAAGCGGACAAUCCCCUGGCGAGAUUCCUGCUGUACGCGGCUGCUGUACAAUGCCCUCCGCAACGGCGCGCACGUCGUUUUCAUAGGCACGGUCUCAAGCUCCGAGGACGCAGUUGAGGACACCUUCGACACCCUCCGAUUCCUGCAGAGAGUGAGGGAAGCCGUGACGACCGAGCCUUUGCAGGCACCUACGACGCGUGAGGCGCCGCUCUCCUUCGCCACGCCACCAGAGACGACAGCGCCGCCGUAG